AUUAUAGGCAAUCCUGUUCACGUAAAUGUAACAAUGUAUUUAAACGAUAUAAGUGCAGUAUCGGAAGUAAUGAUGGACUAUACAUUGGAUUUCUAUAUCCGUCAGCUCUGGAACGACGAGAGACUGAUGUUUAACUCGUCUUCGGUUUCAGCGCUAAUCCUUGGAUCGGAGUUCUCAAAGAAGAUAUGGAUUCCCGACACCUUCUUUGUCAAUGGAAAACAGGCAUCGCUUCACAUCUCAACCACCACUGAGUCUAAUGUUUUGCUUAGGAUUAAACCAAACGGUGAUAUACUAUACAGUCUU